UUUCUUGCGGAAGAAAAAGGAAGAAGAGAAGAGGAGCAGAAUCUGUUUUGGGUUUUCUCCUCUUCGCCUAGCUCGAAGACCCUUUCGUUGAUUGAAUCUUAAUUGAGAGUUUUUGAUUGAGGGUUUAGAAGAUGAUGGUAGCUAAAAGCUUCGAUCUUUGGCAAAAGGAUGUCUUUUUCUCCGCCGCCGAGGAGGUUCAACAAUCUGCCGAUACGAUGGAAUCUGCAUAUAGGUUGUGGAUUAAAGAGAAGAGAGAAAGUGGUCGAGUCUCUGUAGAAUCAGACCACCUCUCCAAUGAACUUCAAGCAGCUUUGAGCACAGCUAAAUGGCAGCUGGAAGAGUUUGGGAGGGCAGUGAGGUUGAGCCAUGGGCGUUGUCGAGACGACACCACGUUGACUAGGCACAAACAGUUUGUCUCCGCUAUCGAAAACCAGAUUCAUCGAGUGCAGUCUGCUUUGAGUGAGAACGGGGAACAGCCUUUGCGUUGGGUGGAUCUUAACAAAGAGGAGCGUGAUGACUGUUGGACAUCUGAGAGUUUCAGCAGUGAAAGCAUCAACUUGAGUAGAUGUUGCGGUGAGAGGACCCCCGUCUGUGUGAUAGACAUUGACGACGAGAGAGGUAGCCCUGAAAGUGCUAGUAAUAGAAACGGUACAAGAGGAACAUGGAGUUCACCUAAUGUUCCUGAUAUUAGAGCAUUGAGGAUUAAUGUUCCUCUUGAAGAAGAGGAGAAUAAGAGAAAUGUGUCGCAAACAGAAGCUACUCCUAAAGAAAAAGGAUAUAAGCCUCUGUUUUGGAUGCAGAGAUGUCGUGAUUAUAACCAGCUCUUUGACAGAGUCAGAUACUAUCAAAGGCGGUUUGGGGUUCCAUUAAACCGACCGGUUCGCAUUCCAUUUAACCGACCGGUUCAGCUCAUUCUUUCCUUGGCGUUACUAUUGUCUCUUCUAUUACUCUUUCGAGUUUAUUAA